GAAAACUGUGGUUUGGGAUAUAAUAUAUGAGAGAAGAAUAAGUAAAAAUAAAUAAGGAUUGUCAUAAAUUCAAGGAUAGCCAAACUCUAAAGUAAGUGCCAAGGUAGGUAGGAAUACACAGCAAAAACCUAGCUCAUUUUAAAUUAAUAUUGUCGGAGCCAUUGCUUCCAGUCAGUACUUGUGUGAAUCCAUGCUAGGCCUCCCAAAUAAGUAAAAUACAAGCAAGCCCCUCUCUUUAGACAUUCCUGGACAGGGAGAAUGAGGAUGAAGAACAAGCUACCUGGCUGAGCAGUGAGCCUCCACACAUUCGUGGAGACCCUGUAAGAGUUCUCAUCAGUACAAGGGCAGAGUGGAGAGCCGGAAAGGCUCAUAUAAGAGGGUUCAAAAACAAAAGGAUAAAACAGCAAGUGGACCACGUAGACACUGCAGGAAUCCGCCUUCAGUUCGCUAACAGCAGGAAUCCUUCAAUGAGCAUGAGCCCCUCAGGGCAAGUCUCAGGUGUCCCUGACCCAAAACUCCAAAACUCCUUAGACAUCAGGUGCGCACAGGUGAAGGAAUUAGAAGUGAUGGUGAGAGGUUUAGCUGUCUGGGAGCUGUGAGAUCUAAGAUGUGGCAGUUUCUGCUGGGUAUAGAGACCCCAUUGCAUUUCAGUGUGAGAACCCAUCGUUAUCUUUUUUUGCUACAGUGGCAGCUGGCAGCCCCACAGUAGUCCAACAGGCCUCAUCCCGGGAAGGCGCUACGCAGAGCUUGAGUCCGCGGGGAGGGGCGGGGCGGGGCGGGGCGGAGCCUCCCGCGGGUCCCUCAGGCUUGUCGCUGGCCACCUCUGGGUCCUACCGGCGUCUUUGGCGACCUGGGGGAAGAUGGCGGCGCCCUGGUGGCGUGCGGCGUUUGUCGGCAUCGGGAGAUGCCGGGGCUUCAGCACCUCGGCCUCCCUCGGCCGCCGGACACCCCCGCUCGGGCCCAUGCCCAACGAGGACAUUGACGUGAGCAACCUGGAGCGGCUGGAGAAGUACCGGAGCUUCGAGCGGUACCGGCGCAGGGCGGAGCAGGAGGCGCGGGCCCCGCACUGGUGGCGGACCUACCGGGAGUAUUUCGUGAAGGAGACAGAUCCCAAAGACAAAGUUGACAUCGGGCUGCCCCCAACCAGGGUCAAUCGGGCCCAGCAGCAGCUGGAGAGGAAACGCUUUGUCAAGGAGCUUCGAGCCAAUGUGGAAGAGGAACGGGCCGCGCGCCUCCGCACAGCCAGCAUUCCACUGGAAGAAGUUCGGACAGAGUGGGAGAGGACAUGCGGGCCCUACCACAAGCAGCGCCUGGCUGAGUACUAUGGCCUCUACCGAGACCUGUUCCACGGUGCCACUUUUGUGCCCUGGGUCCCUCUCCGCGUGGCUUAUGCCGUGGGAGAAGAAGACCUGAUCCCAGUGUAUCAUGGCAAUGAAGUGACUCCAACUGAGGCUUCCCAGGCCCCAGAGGUGACCUACGAGGCAGACGAGGAUUCCAUGUGGACUCUGCUACUCACCAACUUGGAUGGACACCUGCUGGAGCCAGAUGCUGAAUAUGUCCACUGGCUGCUAACCAACAUCCCAAGCAACAGGGUGGCCGAAGGACAGGAGACAUGUCCCUACCUCCCUCCCUUCCCUGCUCGAGGCUCCGGCUUCCACCGCUUUGCCUUCUUGCUGUUCAAGCAGGACAAGCCAAUCAACUUCUCCGAGGACACCCGUCCCUCACCCUGCUACCAGCUGGCUCAGCGGACCUUCCGCACUUUUGAUUUCUACAAGAAACACCAGGAAGCCAUGACUCCCGCCGGCCUGGCUUUCUUCCAGUGCCGCUGGGAUGACUCAGUCACCCACACCUUCCAUCAGCUUCUAGACAUGCGGGAACCUGUGUUUGAAUUUGUGAGGCCACCCCCUUACCACCCCAAACAGAAGCGCUUCCCUCACAAGCAACCCCUACGCUAUCUGGACCGAUACAGAGACAGUCAUGAGCCCACCUAUGGAAUCUACUGAGAGGCACAGAAUGUUCACCUCAGAGGCGGAGCUGGCACAGCUGGAAGGUCACACCUCAGGAAAGAGCCAUCUGAAGGCGUGUCCAAGGCAGACCCUUGCACAGGCCCCUCCCAUCAGGCCCAGGGGCUUGCUGUGAAAGUGCUUCAAUUGUAUGUGAAUAAAAUAAUUUGUCCUGGGUUGGA